ACGGUGGCGCCGACUCUUCAUUUCUGGUGUCUGCGCUCCCACGGGUCACUCCAAGCUCAAAAUAGGGAAGGCAUGGCCGUUUGUAACUUUAGCGGAUUAAGAGGUAUUUCCCACCGUGUGUUGAUUAUAGGUCUGUCGGUGCUUCUGCUCGUACAACUACUGGUUAAUUUAACGGUGCCGCGCGCAUUUAGCAACACGAGCGGUGACGAACCGGCUUUUCUCGUCAUUAGCAUAGAAAAGAGUGACGGGUCACUGUCGUCUGAGGUUAGAAAAAAUGACAGGGAUUUGGAAAGCGGUGUAUUGGGUCUCUGGACUGACGAGGAUUCAGGACUCACAGGAUAUGAAGACGAAAACGAGCUUGAAAAACCUCAGGCUGCAGCUAGAGAGCUGAAACUGCAGCCAUGGGCAUCAGAACAACCUUCGUUUUUCACAGAGCUGCUGCGUUUUACCCGGUUCAUCACCACAACAGAGGUGAACUGCUCUGUGGUCCUGGAUUCAGAUGGGAAUCAAUCUAAACGCUUUCCUGGUCAAUCUGAUGUUUUGUGCAUCAACCACUGGAAGGGCAAAAGGGGUUGUGUGGCUUACUCAUUCAGUCUGGAUGGGAAGGAUGCUGCAUUUUUAGACGCAAUGUUGUACGCGGGGUGUGAGGUUCAUCGCUUCGACCCCAGCGGUCGAGUGUGUCGACCCGCAUAUAUUAAGAAUCAUCAGGUUUGGUUAGACUGGAGGAACCCGCGCAGUCUCUCACAUGCAAGCCUCGUGGGUAACGUACAGCGCCGGCUGCCUGACAUCAUGGACUCACUGGGACACACCACGGUGGAUGUUCUGCGUAUGGAUUUGGAGAGCGCUGAAUGGCGUAUAUUAGAAAGCUGGAUUAAGGAUGGGACUCUCAGACGGAUCAACCAGCUCAUUCUGACCCUUCAUCUGCAGUGGGCCGGGUUUGAGGUGGGGGGAGCUGAGGAAGACGUGGUGCGUUUCUGGUACAGUGUGCUGAGAGCCGUCCGCAUCUCGGGACUCCGACUCGUGCGUUUCACAUGCGGACCGAGACACACAGUGCUGAGACACAAACUGGACAACUCACACAGCUCAUACACACUCAGCUGGAUAAGGACAAGCAAGCAGCCCAGACGACCAACUGCAAAAUCUCUAUAG